AUGCCAAAACCGAUUAAGAGGGCACCUGAUGCAGCUGAAAAUGCUUUUAUGGGGAAACUAAAGAAGGAACACCUUGAAGGUAUCAACUUUUCUUCCAGAAGUAUACCUCGAACAGCAGAGGAAAUUGAGAAGGCGUACGCUGAAGCUGUAAAGAAACAUCCAUUCCAUGAUAACGCAGACCACACUGUUGAUUUUUAUGGUGCCAGCGUUUUCAGAGACUCUAAAGGAAAAGUUUGUGGUGUCUUGCUGCCUGGGGCCCUUCCAGCGUUCGCUGCUAGCAUGGCAGCAAAUGUUUUGCGUCCUGCAGCAAGUAAAACUUCUCUUCGAUCAAAUAUGUAUGGGGGACAAUCACCACUUAGUGGUAUCGCUGGAUAUUUUGACUACCGAGGAUCCCCUGUGGAGUUGAAGUGCCGUAAAACAUCUUUUACAUGUGAACAUAUCCAAUCUUGGCCUGACGUUUUCCCUAUGAUUGAUUAUAUCAGCGCUGUUUACAAGGCUAUUUUCCCAAAGCAAUGGGCUGCACAAAAUGAUGCAAUUCCUGAUGUUGUUCGUAUUCAUGGAUCUCCUUUUUCUACCUUAACUAUUAACCAGCGUUUUCGCACAGCCUCACAUACAGAUGCCGGUGAUUUUGAUAUGGGUUAUGGUCUAUUGGCCGUACUUGAGGGUAAUUUUAAAGGUCUCUCUUUGGCGCUUGAUGAUUUUGGUGUGUGUUUUCGCAUGCAACCAAGAGAUGUUCUCCUCUUCAACACUCAUUUUUUUCAUUCGAACACAGAACCUGAAAUAAAUAAUCCUAAUGAUAAUUGGGAUCGUUUAACGUGUGUCUUUUACUACAGAGCAGCGUUAGGAGAACCAGGUUGUGUUGCAGAGUACGCACGUCGCCUUGCUCAUGCUAAAGAGAUUGGAGCUUCGCCACCUCCUGUUGUAGAUACUAUUGUUCAGAAAGAUAAUGGAGAUAAUUUCAAUAAACCGGCACCAGUUUUUUCUUCUUCACUUUCACCAUUUAACGGAGCAGCAGGAAUCUGUUGUUUGCGAAAAUGUGCCUCUAAACUUUUGCGGUUGCAUGAAUUGCUACUGGGAAAACCAGAAUUAGAGAUUCUCUUAUUUGGUGAACCUCUAUUCACUAAUGAUGGUUUACCACAUCGACCAAUGGAGCAACUAAUUCCGGUACAUCCUCCAGUUGUCAUUAAAACGCCAAAUAUAGGAUGGUGUAGUGAUACAAGUACCCUUUUGAAACUCGCCAAAGAAAAACAGUACCUUUUUGAAGAAAAAAACUUGGAAAAUGAAGUUGGACCAGAACUCAUGAAGAUAUGGAUGCGAAGUCGAAAUCUUUGGUUAAAUCUUGUUAAAAUAGACUGGGAUCGACUGUUGCAAAAUAAUCCAGAUCGUACCAAUUUUACAUGGAAUAAUACCUCAGCAAUGAAUACAGCCUUUUUUGACCUUUGUGAAGUGGCAAAACAAGUGAUGUUGGGAUUACUAAACAAGGAAGCUCCAUCAAAGGAAGAGGAACUCUCUUUUUGGGUUUUGUUUGCAGCACAUUUGAAUUACGCUUGUGUUCAUGAAAAUGGUAUGCCGUGUGAAGCCAUAAGUAUGCGUAAACUAAAUGUUAAAUUGAAGGAUUUUCACUUUGGCGGGACCAGAUAUUUAAAGGACAUGCCACCUGAGGAGCAGCAACGACGAUUGGAGAGACGAAGACAGAUUGAAGAGGCACGCCGUAAUGGUGUCUCUGCGCGUGAGAAACAGGUAAGUGGAUGGUUGCAGAAUGAUUCCUUUGACUAUCAACAGGAAGAUAGAAUACUCAAUUUUAAGAAAAAUGGAUGGAUCUCUCCAGAAGAAAAUGUACGAAACCUAAAGCUAAAACCAUGCGAGGAGACUACAAAAGCCACUGGUUUAACAGAACAUAUUAAUCUUCUUGUUGUUUUACCCCGACCUGCACCACCAGGACGAUGCGCAAAACCAAAAAAACCUUCAAUGACUUUGGAGGAAGUAAAGCGACUGAUGAUGAAUCCUGCCGCUCAACGUCUAUUAGCGGGUGAGUGUCGUAACGUUCUCCCUGCGUCUCCUCUCACCUUCAACGAUGUAACAAUUACUUUCAUCUUUGAUGGUGAUGAAAUUGGUGAUUCUCAUUUUGAUUUCAUUAUUCUUCAGCAUGUAAUUGCUGCUAUUGAAUCUGAUGAGGAGGCUGAGUUACGUGUGAAUUACUGGGCCUCACAUGCCAAGCAUUGUAUUUUUCUCAUAGAGACAGAUCUUCUAGAUCGUCGUCAUUACGUGCUACAGAAUGAGGUGCGGGUGAAGUACCAAGAGGUGGCUGAGAACUGUUUCAGUACACUGCACGCUGCAGCGUAUUCAACAGAAUCCAUUCAUCUAAGAAGAACACCAUUUUUCACUGACCUAAACAAGGGCAAUAAUGUGGAGAUGCGGUACAAGUUUAAGGGAUCCCCUUUAAAUACUGUAGCUUUUCUUCUCAGUAGUAAAUAA